AUGUUGCCAGGAAUAUUGGCACCCGUCAGGCCUUACCAGCCAGAGCUCAUGGAGCGCAUGCCAUACGCGUUCCCACGCCCAGAGAACCCAAUGCAAAGACCCUUUGUGCCAUAUACGUCACAACACAGCCAGGUCAUGUCGCAACCCCCGUACCUCCCUGCCCCUGGCCCAAUUCCAGCACCUGGACCUAUCCCAGGUUAUCCCAUCACUUCCAGGCCGCCGACGCAAGAGAGCCAGCAGUCAUUUGCUUCGCCUAAGUCCCAAAGAAAGACGAAGGGGCACGUGGCGUCAGCUUGUGUGCCAUGCAAGAAAGCCCAUCUAAGAUGCGACGCCCAGAGGCCUUGCACAAGAUGUAUGCAGAACGGAAAGGAAGACGCCUGCGUCGACGUUCAACACAAGAAACGCGGUCGCCCACGGCUUCGAGAUGAUCAUCGUGGUGCGGGAUUCGACUCUAGACUCGGACAAAGUCAAGAUCAGAGCUUGAGGCGACCAUUGUCCCUGUACGCGCCACAGGGUUCUAUGGGCUCAGGAUUCGACGAUUCCCUGAGACGAACGCAGUCAUACCGGGUGCUGAAGUCCCAACCACCGGAGCCCUCAGCGCCUCGCUUCCUCGAACGAGGCUCCGCGAGCGGCGCGAACGUGUACCCCGCCCCCCUUGCCAUCUCAACAACGCCGCCAGAGCCCGCAGCAUUCCUGACUAUGGACCUGGAGGUCGUAAAGGCUUCCAGUACAUUCUUAGAAGCUACUGGCCGCCCGAUCAUACAGAGCCUGCGGAUCACAGAUUUGCUCGCUCAAGGAGAUAGGGAGAAAAUGGUGGCGCUCCAGCGGCAGAUGCAAGAGGAGCAGGCACGGAGGGAACCCAACUACCUCCCGCCCAUGUACGUGAAGCAGGAGGAGGAGAAUGUACUUCGGUCGCUUGGGUUUAGCAGGGAGGAAAUGGCCGGCUAUUCCCUUGAGCUUCUAGAGAAUCUCCGGUUCAACGACCAGGCAGGACAGCUUAGGAAUUUGCCAGUGCGCCUGGGUCUCGCGAAGCGUGGGUCGAUAUACUUCAUAGUCGUCGCGGUGAACACCAACACGGCCUUUCGAGGUUUUCAGCCACCGACGCCCUCACCACAAGGCCGAGACCCUCGGGAUUUGGCGUACUCGUACCCGACGCCUCAAAUGCCCUAUCCGCAGCCAACACCUGUCUCAGCCACGUUCGAUCAUGGUCGAGGCAGAUCAGCGAGCGAUGUGGCAUACCUCCCGAGACAGCCUGUAACUCCUGGGCAAAUGAUGCCGGGCUUGAGCCCUCGGCUGUCGUCGUCCUACGCCGCGUCGCCUAGCAGGCCGGACUAUCCCGCCGGACAACCUGCCUACCAGAUUCCUCGCAGCGAGUUGUCCGCAGCGCCACGCACUUCUCAGGCUCCAGGAUAUCAAUUGCCUCCAAUAAGGCAGCCGGCACAGUUUCAAACCCAGGCACAGACUCAACAGCCCCAGUAUCACCAACAACCUCAACAGCAUGGUGGUCCACCCGAGCAGGGCUGGCCUCGAGACGAUAGGCAGAGGGUCCACAUCGAAGGCCUGAUUGACAGGCCGGAUCCCGCUCAUCGGCAUCAAGGUUGA